AUGGCGCCGUUCCACACAUCCCGGGACGACGGCCGCACAAAGCGAUGGGUCGUCGACCGCCGCCCCGGACGCUACCUCCGCUUCGACACUGCCACCAAAUACUCCACCUCAAAACCCAACCUUCCCGAUACUUGUAAGACGAAGACGACGAGGCUCUUCCGCUGGGGCCACCACUUCGUCCGCCGACUCCGCCGGGGACCUCAUGGCAGUCCCGGGGAGUUCGGUGCGGAAGCGCCGCUGCUGGACGGUGAGGGUGGGCGAGGGUGGAGGACGCGGCCGCCGCCGAAGGGGCACCUGCCGGUGUACGUCGGCGGGGAGAGGGAGGGCGGUCUGCCGCGGAGGUACCUGGUGCCGGUGGUGUACUUCAACCAGCCCCUGCUCAGGGAGCUGCUGCGGGAGGCGGAGGUGGAGUUCGGGUACCACCACCCCGGCGGCAUUACCAUCCCCUGCGCCGCCGCCGAGUUCGAGCGCGUCAGGACAUGCAUUGCCGACGCCGACAAGAGGCUUCACAGAAGGAGCCCGGUUUCCCUUUGCUCCUGA